AUGUUGUCUGCCAACAUUGUUGCUUCUGGUUGCACUCCUGGUAUUGUCAAUGGCGAUUCAUGGCUCUUUGAAAAAACCUUGCUGCUUCAACUCAAGGCUGAGUUGAUCUUUGAUUCUUCUCUUUCAACAAAACUGGUGCAGUGGAAUGAAAGUGAUGAGUGCUGCACAUGGUCCGGUGUGCAGUGUGAUGCUUUUGGCUACGUCAUUAGUUUGCAGCUCGACGGAGAGGCCAUUUAUGGUGGGAUUUGGAAUUCGUCAAGUCUCUUCAAAUUUAAAUAUCUGCAGAAGCUUAACCUUGCCUACAAUCGCUUCAGCUACAAACGGAAUGGCAAUCUCACCCAUUUGACACACUUGAGCAACAAUGCUAUUCCGAUAGGUAAUGGCAAUCUCACCUAUUCGACACGCCUGAACCAGAAUGUCAUUCCAAAAGGAAUUGGCAAUCUCGCCUAUUUGACACACUUGAAUUUGUCAUAUGCUGGUUUUAGUGGGCAGGUUCCUUCUGAGAUUUCAUCCUUGUCGAGACUGGUUAGUCUCGAUAUCUCAUAUCUGUUUGGUCUGAUUAUUGAGCACCCGAACUUGGAGAUGCUUGUUCAAAAUCUAACAGGGCUUAGAGAGCUCUAUCUUGAUUAUAUCUAUAUAAGUUCCCCUUAUGAAAGAAGAAAAUGGAGCCAUAUAAUAUCAUCAUACUUACCCAACCUCACCUCUUUGAGCUUGUCUUCGUGUAAUCUUCAUGGCCCUUUUUCUAAAUCCGUUUUGAAACUCCAUUCGCUUUCUGUUCUUCGACUCGAUCGUAACAAUCUUUCAGCAGUAGGAGUUCUGGACUCGCUUGCCAAUUUUCCAAGUCUGACCAACUUGAGUCUUGCCAGCUGCGGAUUGAAGGGCUCUAUUCCAUCUAGCUUUGCUAACCUAACCAAGCUGAUUCAUAUCCAUCUGCCGUCUAACCACUUGUCAGGCUCACUUUCUCCCACCAUAUUUGAAGGUCUUUCCAAUCUCGUUCAUCUAGAUUUGGCGGAGAAUUUAUUCUCUGGCAACGUUCCCCACUCCCUCCUUGCUCUCCCGUUAUUGUUGGAACUUGAUCUGAGCUUCAACAGAUUCAGUGGCACUUUUCAACUCGAAAACCUUCGAAGCCUUGUCAAUCUCACAUUCAUGAGUCUAUCUGAGAGUGGCUUGUCAGUAGAUGUUGGCAACGUCACUUCAAGUUCAUAUGGAUUUGUCCAUCUGAAAGUGUUGACACUAGCUUCAUGUAACGUGUCCGAUUUUCCUGUUUUCAUCAAACAUUCGGAUCUGGAGCUACUGGAUCUGUCAAACAAUCGGAUUGCAGGGGAAAUACCUAGUUGGAUUUGGGGAGCACAGCUUAUGCAUCUAGACCUCUCAUUUAAUCUUCUAACUGGUAUGCAAAAGCCUUACUAUAUCCCUCCUUCUCUUAAGUUCAUCUUCUUGCACUCUAACCGGCUUAGGGGCGAGUUGCAGCUGCCCGUUCCACUUGAAUCUAGACUCUGGACCUUGUCUCUUCAUAAUAACAGUUUAAGUGGAUCAAUUCCAACCUCCCUCUGCGAUGCCACAUCUCUCCGUUCUCUUAACUUGUUUGGGAAUAGAUUUAGUGGCGGCAUACCCUCUUGCUUACUUGAAAACCUCACCGAGCUCAACCUGGGGCUAAACAACCUCAGCGGUAGCAUUCCAGAUAUUUCUUCUAUGGAUUGUAGGCUAAUAUAUUUGAAGCUUAGCAAUAAUGCUUUAGAAGGGAAUAUCCCAAUGUCCCUCGGAAGUUGCAGGUCGUUGUUGUUCAUAGACGUUGCGAACAAUAACAUCAGUGGCAGCAUUCCAGAUAGUUUUCCAUCAGAUUGCCGGCUAGUUUAUUUUGUUCUAAACAAUAACAAUUUAGAAGGGACGAUCCCAAAGUCCCUUGAAAGUUGCAGGUCGUUGCAGCUCAUGAACAUUGGAAACAACAUGAUCAACGACACUUUCCCAUGCAUGCUGGCAUCAACCUUGCGUGUCCUUGUUUUGCAUUCGAAUAGAUUUCAUGGGGAAGUGAAGUGUCAAAACAGAGCGGAGAGACUCCAAGUUCUAGACAUAGCUUCUAACGAUUUUAGUGGAAGUCUGGAAUCGAUAGACUUCUCUAGUUGGUGGGCAAUGAGGUUCAAUCACCGCGAUAGCUAUGUGCUCAAUAUUACAAGUGUGACGUUAAUCAUGAAAGGGCUAAAUUUAGAGCUCAAGACGAUUUGGCCGGACUUUGGUAGCAUUGAUUUCUCUUCCAAUAAUUUCUAUGGAGGCAUACCAAAUGCAAUUGGUGAUCUUUACUUGCUUCAUCAUGUCAACUUCUCCCACAAUGCCCUCAACGGAAGCAUCCCAAAGUCAUUUGGCCAGUUGAGAGAGCUUGAAUCACUCGACCUCUCUGGAAACCAGCUAACAGGGCUAAUACCGGUGGAGCUUGGAGAACUCACAUUCCUUGAAGUGUUGAACCUGUCCUAUAAUAAGCUGGUCGGAAAGAUCCCAAAUGGCCGCCAGUUCCAAACAUUUUCUGUUGAAUCCUUUGAAGGGAAUCCUGGCCUAUGUGGUUUCCCUCUCCGCACAGACUGCAGUCAUACUGAUGGCAGUGACAGUGGCCAUGAUGGCGCGGAAGAGAAGAGGGAGAUUGAGUGGGAAUACGUAUCCGUUGCAGUUGGAUAUGUUGUGGCCUUAGGAAUCUUUGUAUGGCUACUUCUCUUCUGCAGAAGCUUCAGUGAUAAAUACUUUGACAAACUCGAUGAGAUUGUUGAAGAGAUAUGCGAUGGCAGGAACAGGAGACGAAGGCGUGCAAGAAGAAGGCAUGCACAAGCACGAAUGAUGGAGGCGAACCGAGCCAGGAGACAGAGACAAUAG